AUGGCGGAUUCGACGGACUCAGACACUGGCCAGUCCAGUGAUGCCACCCCGGGUGGAAUCGCGAGCAGUCCGACACAAACCACCAGCAAAACCUGCCACCUCCUCCGUCUACCCGGCGAACUUCGAAACCGCAUCUACGAGCUAGUCGACGAACCCCAGCCACAACUGGGUUCCAGCUUUUUCGUGGAGAUCUCAGAUUACAAGGCCUGUCAUCGCUGGAAAGUGGAGCCGAAGCAACCCCCGCUAGCCUCUACCUGCAAGCAAAUCAGACACGAAGUCCUCGCGAUAUUUCUGGGGUCAAAGAUGUUCAUGGUUGGCGCAAGCCCGAUUGAACGGAUGCGGCGGAAUCCUCACCUCCCGCGCGCUUGUCUCUGGUACCUUCGUUGGGUCCAGGGAUUAUUCUGGGUCCCUGGUGUCUUCGUGCAUAAGUAUGUGGUCAGCGUAGGAGUCAGGGUAUCGGAGGGAGGAAAGCUGGAAUUGGUGGGACUUGAAGACAACGCUUCCCGCUACUGCAAAUGCGUACUCGCGGACCGAAUCAGAAAAGUGGAAGACGGCAAGGUUGGUUCACGAGACGAUGCACCGGUAGUACGAUUCUUCAAGUCGUGGGACGAAAACGAGGGCUUCGAAUGUCACCGAAACUUUCGCGCAGAGAACGACCGAACAUACAUCCACUGGGAAGGGGGGCCACGGAAGGACUGCGAGACCGGUAGCCAGCACGUCUGCUAUAUGCACUUGCUGUAG